UCGAAGCCAGGGCCUUGGUAGGCACAUGAUGGGGAGUGAAGGUCUAGAGAUGUCAAUCACAAUGGGUUAAAGCACUGAGUCUCAGAAAACGAAAGGCCUUUUUAGCCUUACCAGGUCAUCAUGUCAAGGGCUUCCAGAGGACACAAACUUCUGAGUGACCUGGGUUACAAACUGGGCCAAACCCUGGGAGAAGGCAGCUAUUCUAAGGUGAGAGUGGCCACUUCUGCCAAAUACAAGGGCCCUCUGGCCAUCAAAAUGGUGGAUCGGCGCCGAGCCCCUCGGGAUUUUGUGGAGAAGUUUCUGCCACGAGAGCUCUCCAUCCUGCGCGGGAUUCGGCACCCGCACAUCGUCCGAGUCUACGAAUUCAUAGAAGUCUGCAAUGGGACACUCUACAUCGUGAUGGAAGCAGCCUCCACGGAUCUGCUGCAAAUGGUCCAGCAGGUGGGGAAGCUCCCCUGCGCUCCCGAGGCCCGGGACAUCUUUGCCCAGGUGGUGGGUGCUGUGCGCUACCUCCACGACAGGCACCUGGUGCAUCGGGACCUCAAGUGUGAAAAUGUGUUGCUCACCUCGGAUGGCCGCCGAGCAAAACUGACCGACUUUGGUUUUGGCAAGGAGUCCCGUGGGUAUCCCGAACUGAGUACCACCUACUGUGGAUCAGCUGCCUACGCGUCCCCAGAGGUCCUGAUGGGCAUUCCCUAUGAUCCCAAAAAGUAUGACAUAUGGAGCUUGGGUGUAAUGCUGUAUGUGAUGAUUACUGGCUGCAUGCCCUUUGAUGACACCCAUAUCCACAACAUGCCCUGUCGCCAGAAAAAAGGAGUCCUAUUCCCAGAAGAUCUACCCUCCGCUUCGGAGCCCUGCAAAGCUCUCGUUACACAGCUGCUCCAGUUCAGUCCCGAAUCUCGACCCUGUGCAGGCCAAGUGUCCAAGAACAGUUGGCUGAAAGGGGAAACAUAAAGGGGGCAGGGUGAAGGUCCUGCCACUCCUGGGGAUGGUGCCAGAUCAGAGCUGCUUCAAGAGGGAGAGAGGGCACAAACAGAACAACAGAAAUGUAUACGUAGUUGCCAAAAAGAGGUUUCUGGGAUGUUGACCAAUGGGGAGGAAGUGGGCAAAUUGCUUCAAGGAAAAAGUAAAGAAAACAAUUCCAGUGUAAGUUCCUCCAGAAUUAUGGGACUUGCUUCCAAACAUAUGUAUUUACAAUUGGGGUGCCAAUGAGAUCUUUAAA